AGACAACUACUGAUUCAGUAUUAUUCAGUUCAAACUGGUCAGGUGUGAAUUUAUAAGGUACAAUACAAUUCCACACAUUCUCACUCUCUGUAGUUUAAUAAUGGCUUUAUUACAACUCCUGCAUUGAAACAUGUAAACAAUCUAGACCCACAUGGCCAAUGCCAUAAAUGAAGAUUGCAACAUUGAUCUCAUUCAAGGAAAACACUCUUUCUCCCCCAUUGAAGCAUCAAGCUUCAUUGAGGUUCAGAGAAUGUUGACUGCGAUUCCUGGAAAGCAAACUGACUCCAUUUGUGGCACUGGCUCACUGACAGGUAAACAGGAGAGACUGGUUAAGGCACUAAGAAACAACUAGAAUUGCAUUUACACCACUUUAAAUUAAUCUCUGCUUCCAAAGUUUACUGCACCAUGAAGCCUACAUGGUACGAGAGUGAAAAACAAGUGACUUUGAAUAUGAUCCACACACAACUAAAAUUAAAUGUAGUCUGACCCUUUACAUAACAAAAUAGCCAUGAUAGAGCUGUAAAUCUGGAGUCAGUUCCAGAAUACAACGGAAGACCAGCUGCCAUUGGAUUAAAGGUUCACCUUCAGUUUGUGUUGGUUAAGGCAGAGCAUAUAAUUUACCAAAUUACUAGUCCUAAACUGCUGUAACGCUGCUUAUUUAGUAAGCCAUUUGAAAAGGUGUGUAGAACAGUCCAGUGUGCAAACUUGACCCUUGCAUAGGCUUACAUUAUAUUAUUAUUCAACAUGUGCAAAGUGCAUAUCUAUUGUGGCCAUGUGAAAUGUAACUUUUUUUUUAAUGCAUAAACUGAAAUGACAGCUUUACUGAACGAUAGUGAAUUCUUUUCCUCAAUCUUUGUUCAGGGCUGGCAGUAGUUUGCACACACAAAAUCCAGUAUUUUUCCAUCAAAUGACGUUGAAGUGGCGUUGCGUCACGUGACUUGCAAGGGGAAGGGGGAGAGUACAUGCACUAAUUUCACGUCCUUAUGAACCAUAGCAUGGCCAGUUUAUCAUGUUUUUGAGUAAUUCGAUGUGUUUACCUUCAGUUCAUACAUUACUGCCAUAUUGGAGUUAUGUUCGCGGUAGUUAAGUUUAUAGAGACCAUCACAAGCCAAUUGUAUCAGGCUCUGACCCAUGCCAUGCGUCUCAUACACAACCACUCCCCUUCAUGGCUUGUGGAAAAUUACCAGCUUACAAUCAGCACAAGUACAAGCUCCAACAUCCGCCACACGGACUCAAUGCCCCCGAUCUCCUUCAGCCCACCGAACAGUUAAUAUUGAGGACAUGCAUACAAUCAGAAGGCAGUAACUGUUGCGAAUAUGAAAAUAUUAUUUAAAAAAUAAAGCUCACGGAGGAUAAAAGACGCGGGACCGUUUUGCAAAACAGAUGCAAGAAUACCCAACUCGACGAUAGAACUCAAAAGCCAUGCUUUACAUUACAGUACAAUACAAGACAGUAAUAAUAUCACACAUUACAGCUCCAUUCUGCAUGCAGUUUGCCUUCUUUUUCUCUAAACGGGCAGAGCAGUCGCGUGGGCGCUAGAAAGAGUUGAGUUUGAUUGACGGACGAACCGUCCAAUAGAUUACGACCAAGGACGCACUCAGCAACGCUGCAGCCAAUAGCGUGCUCCAAUGGGCGUGACGUUAAUCCAAACUUUUCGCGGCGCCAUCGGCUGAAAACUAAACCGAGAUGGAAUCUCCCAGUCUGAACCGGUUUCAACCGGUUACGAGUUUGUUGCCUAUGAGAAGAAGAGGCACAGGCUCACAGUCUAAUACCGCCCUGGUGCAAAAUUUACUUCAGUACAGAGCACGUUUCUUAAUUAAGGUUAACUUUGUUUCGUAAAAUGAACCGGACUGAAAAAAUACUUAACUCGCAGUGAUUGUUGGUGUGGAAUUCACAUCCUAGUGGUCCUCAUAUGAAGCAACUAGCUCGUAUAGUCUUCAUCACAGAGGAAUAGUGUGGCUGGCCAGUCAACGACUCAUCCAAAACCUCUCUUUUUACAUUUCGCCAGAAAUCGUGUACAAACAGGCACCGACGAUACUGGAUCAAAUAAACAUAAUUUUAGCAACUGUGGCAGACAAGCCCACCUUCUUUCUCUCAAAGGCUUGGACUUUAGAGCUCUAUGCCAGCAAUUAUGACAAUGUUGGCCGACCACGCAGCCAGACAGCUGCUGGACUUUAACCAGAAACUGGAUAUCAACCUGCUGGAUAAUGUGGUCAACUGCCUGUACCAUGGGGUUGGGCCACAGCAAAGAAUGGCCCAGGAGGUGCUGACUCAUUUGAAGGAGCACCCAGACGCAUGGACACGAGUUGACACCAUUCUGGAGUUCUCUCAGAAUAUGAACACCAAAUACUAUGCACUGCAGAUUCUAGAAACAGUUAUUAAAACAAGAUGGAAGAUUCUUCCCAGAAACCAGUGCGAAGGAAUUAAAAAGUAUGUUGUGGGCCUCAUUAUCAAGACGUCAUCAGAUGCAGCAAAUGUUGAGAAAGAGAAGGUGUACAUUGGAAAACUCAACAUGAUAUUAGUACAGAUCCUGAAGCAGGAGUGGCCGAAACACUGGCCCACAUUUAUCAGUGACAUUGUUGGCGCGAGCCGCACCAGUGAGAGCCUUUGCCAGAACAACAUGAUAAUUCUGAAGUUGCUCAGUGAGGAGGUGUUUGACUUCUCCAGUGGUCAGAUGACACAGGUGAAAGCCAAACACCUGAAGGACAGCAUGUGCAAUGAGUUCUCUCAAAUAUUCCAACUGUGCCAGUUUGUGAUGGAAAAUUCACAGAAUGCCCCUCUGGUGCAUGCAACUUUAGAGACUCUGCUAAGGUUUCUCAACUGGAUUCCAUUGGGCUACAUUUUUGAAACUAAACUAAUCAGUACUCUGGUGUACAAGUUCUUAAACGUGCCGAUGUUCCGCAAUGUGACACUGAAGUGUUUGACUGAGAUCGCAGGAGUCAGCGUCAGCCAGUAUGAGGAGCAGUUUGUUAGUCUCUUCACUCUGACCAUGAUGCAGCUCAAACAGAUGCUUCCCCUGAACACCAACAUCCGGCUGGCAUAUGCGAAUGGUAAAGAUGACGAGCAAAACUUUAUUCAGAACCUCAGCCUGUUCCUCUGCACCUUCCUCAAAGAGCACGGACAGCUGAUAGAAAAGAGACUGAACCUCAGAGAGACUCUUAUGGAGGCUCUGCAUUACAUGUUGCUGGUGUCAGAGGUGGAGGAGACGGAGAUCUUUAAAAUCUGUUUGGAGUACUGGAACCAUCUGGCAGCUGAGCUCUAUAGAGAGAGUCCCUUCUCCACCUCCACAUCUCCUCUCCUUUCAGGGAGCCAACACUUCGAUGUACCACCCCGUAGACAACUUUACCUGCCUGUGCUGUCUAAGGUGCGUUUGCUGAUGGUGAGCCGCAUGGCCAAGCCAGAGGAAGUUCUGGUGGUGGAAAACGAUCAGGGUGAGGUGGUUCGAGAAUUCAUGAAGGACACAGACUCCAUCAACCUCUACAAGAACAUGAGGGAGACGCUUGUCUAUCUGACCCAUCUGGACUAUGCUGAUACAGAGCGCAUUAUGACAGAGAAACUUCAUAAUCAAGUGAAUGGCACUGAGUGGUCCUGGAAGAACCUCAACACGCUGUGUUGGGCCAUUGGAUCCAUCAGUGGAGCCAUGCAUGAGGAGGAUGAGAAGAGGUUCCUUGUCACAGUCAUUAAGGAUCUGCUGGGCCUAUGUGAGCAGAAGAGAGGCAAGGACAACAAGGCCAUUAUUGCCUCCAACAUCAUGUACAUAGUGGGCCAGUACCCACGUUUCCUACGUGCACACUGGAAAUUCCUGAAGACUGUCGUCAACAAAUUGUUUGAGUUCAUGCACGAGACCCAUGAUGGAGUGCAGGACAUGGCGUGUGACACAUUCAUUAAAAUUGCUCAGAAGUGCAGGAGGCAUUUUGUGCAGGUGCAGGUGGGAGAGGUGAUGCCCUUCAUUGAUGAGAUUCUCAACAACAUCAACACCAUCAUCUGUGACCUACAGCCCCAGCAGGUUCAUACGUUUUAUGAAGCUGUCGGCUAUAUGAUUGGAGCGCAAACUGACCAGGCUGUGCAGGAACACCUUAUAGAGAAGUACAUGUUGUUGCCUAAUCAGGUGUGGGAUAGCAUCAUUCAGCAGGCGACCAAGAAUGUGGACAUCCUGAAGGACCCAGAGACUGUGAAGCAGUUGGGCAGCAUUCUGAAGACCAAUGUCAGAGCAUGUAAAGCAGUGGGACACCCUUUUGUUAUUCAGCUGGGCCGAAUCUAUCUGGACAUGCUCAAUGUAUACAAGUGCCUUAGUGAAAACAUCUCUGCUGCCAUCCAGACCAAUGGUGAGAUGGUGACGAAGCAGCCUCUGAUCAGGAGCAUGCGUACUGUAAAGAGAGAGACGCUGAAGCUGAUCUCAGGAUGGGUCAGUCGCUCCAAUGACCCACAGAUGGUGGGGGAAAACUUUGUUCCUCCGCUGUUGGAUGCUGUGCUCAUAGAUUACCAGCGCAAUGUCCCAGCAGCAAGAGAACCGGAAGUGCUCAGUACCAUGGCAACAAUCGUAAACAAACUGGGUGGACACAUUACUGGAGAGAUCCCACAGAUAUUUGAUGCAGUGUUUGAGUGCACAUUAAAUAUGAUCAACAAAGAUUUUGAAGAGUACCCGGAGCACCGGACACAUUUUUUCUACCUGCUGCAGGCGGUGAACUCUCACUGUUUCCCAGCAUUCCUAGCCAUCCCACCAGCACAGUUUAAACUUGUGCUUGACUCAAUUAUAUGGGCCUUUAAACACACUAUGAGAAAUGUGGCAGACACUGGCCUCCAGAUUCUCUACACACUGCUGCAGAACGUGGCCCAGGAAGAGGCAGCAGCCCAGAGCUUCUAUCAGACAUACUUCUGUGACAUUCUUCAGCACAUCUUCUCCGUCGUUACGGAUACAUCACACACAGCUGGUUUGACCAUGCAUGCUUCUAUCCUGGCAUACAUGUUUAACCUUGUUGAGGAAGGAAAAAUCAGCACAACUCUGAACCCCUCAAAUCCAGUCAGCAACCAGGUGUUCAUCCAGGAGUAUGUGGCCAACUUGCUAAAAUCAGCUUUCCCACACUUACAGGAUGCCCAGGUGAAAGUGUUUGUGACUGGCCUGUUCAGUUUAAACCAAGACAUCCCAGCAUUCAAAGAACACUUAAGAGAUUUCCUUGUGCAGAUCAAGGAAUUUGCGGGUGAGGACACCACCGAUCUGUUUCUGGAGGAGAGGGAGGCCUCGCUGCGUCAGGCCCAGGAGGAGAAACACAAACUGCAGAUGUCUGUGCCUGGCAUCCUCAACCCUCACGAAAUACCUGAGGAGAUGUGUGACUGAGUUCACACAAGAACACACACACACGAACACACACUGCGCUGACUCCUAAACAUACUAAACACACAACCAAAGCAGUGUUGUGGCUGCUCUUCUGUGGGCCAUCUGUGUGUUUUCUUGUAAGUGUACGUGUGUGUGAGUGCUUUAGGCUCUUCCUGUAAGGAGGUGAUUCCUGCACUUGGCUGUCUCUUGACCAAAACAAUGCCAAUCUGUACAUGAUACUGUCACCCAGUGGCCCUGUUUGCAUAGUAUGUGUUUCAUGAAGACACUUCUAUGUAUUACCUUUCCAUUGUUAACAGCUUAUGUUUGGUCAACGCCGCAUGAAGUCACAUCUGUACAGUUAACUUGCUUACGCGCUCGUUUUCCGUCAGCCUCUCCCCUAUUUUCCGUCAAUCGUCUCCUGCCCUCUCUUUACACACAUCAUGUAUUUGUUAAUGUAUAUUAUGUAUAAAGACCAGAGUGCAGUUUGUUGUGUUUGGAGAGAGCUGUGUGUGUUCUGGAAGUGGGCAAAUGUACCUAGUUUCAGUGUGUGUGCCAGAUUGCAGCAAGUGAGCAGCACACCUGUUCCAGCCAAUGAAAGUGUUGAUGAACAUCAGUGAUUGUAGAAGUCGCAGAGUUGCUGUGUUGCUCACUGGCUUAAGUUUUGGGGCCCCUGUGUGUGUGUGUGUGUGUGUGUGUGUGUGUGUGUGUCUGUCUGUGUGUCUGUCUGUGUGUCUGUCUGUGUGUCUGUCUGUGUGUCUGUCUGUGUGUCUGUCUGUGUGUCUGUGUGUGUGUCAGUGUGUGAAGAGCCGAGAGCCGUUUGGGACUAAAGUAGCUCUAUGCUUCCUGCAGAGAGCAGCAGAAUGUGAACUGGCAUGGAUCACUGAGUGAAUGGUCUGAUCGAUGCUGCUGUGGUUGUGAGUGCCGUUCGGGUCCAUUUGGACCUGCAACUUUACAGAGUGGAAGCUCUCUUAAUUGCUUUUCUACGCGGGAGUGUUCAGUAGCCCUCUACGUGUUCAUAUCGGCAUAAUUGUACAGCAUCUUUACUACCCUGGGAACACACGGAUGUUUCGUCCUGUUUCGUUGUGGGUGUGCGAGCGUGCGUGUGUGUUGUCGCUAAGCCGACAUCAGGUUUUUUGUUUUCCUCAAUGAGGACGGUUGCUCCUUUUGUGAGCUUUCAUUAAAUUGAAGUUUAAAAAAAAGUGGUUGAAAUAUUUAUGGGUUCUUGUAGGCUACACCUUUAUAACUGCUCAUGUUAACUCGCUCAGAGACGGCUUUGGAGUUUUUUUAAUUGUACUAAUUUACAUUGUUUACCAUGCUGUAGUGCUACAGGACACUACAUAGAGCAAAAUAAAUAUCAGUUUACAUUUAAUUUUGUAUUUUUGCAUUUUUCAUUUGUAGCUUUUUGAGUCCUGUCCAAAUAAGGCAAAAGGGUUUUAUUCAGAGAAAACAGAGAUGCCAACAUUCUUGUUAGUACAAGAAUAUACCAAUCUAAAUACUGAUGAUCAAUGGUUAAUUCCCCUUUACUAUGUGUUGCAUUUGUUGUGAAACUUUUUGAACUGAUUAAAGUUGAAGAAUUUUAUA